AUGUCUACACUAUUUCAGGAAAAAUUGCACCCAGCUUUUCUAUGGGGAGCAUGGAGUAGGCUGUUUACAACACCUACGAGCUACCGUCUUGGUGACGCCCUUGUAUGUGCAACCCUUCUCCUCUUGGAGAAGCCGGUUGGUAACGCCAAUUGCCCUUCCACAACUCUAACUUCCCCACGUUUACUUCAGAAUGUAUCCAAGAUAGCUGGUUGUUAUACCGAUGAUGUAAAGGGCGCAUCCAUGGUUAUUAACAGCUACCUCCGUAAAGAAAGAGAUGAGGCGAGACAGAAGCGGGUCCUCAAGGACCAGCAUAAUGGGUUACGCUUCCGUGAUGUGAGACGUAUCCAUGCCUCAUUUAUUAGGGAAGCUGGUAAUUUCGCUA